AUCGAGGUCAAUUAGUGCUUCUUAUUGUAAGUUUCAUUUCUAUGAACUCCACACGCUUUCUUUCUGAAGGAAACUACUGUUUGGCGGUUUGUGUGUUGAAGUGUUGAAGUUGGUAGCACUUCUUAACAGUUGACGGUGGAAUGUUCUCGAUGUGACCGUUACGUUCGUUUCACGAAGGCAGGGUGUUCAGCGCGCGAAAGAAGGGAAAGAAGUUGAAGGGUUGAAGUGAAGUAGCGAAAAGAGGUACAACAUUUGAGAUAAGACAUGUAUGUUUUUGGCGAAGAUUUGAAUCUGAAGGAACGGCGCACUGUAAAGAGUGAACAAUUGUAUGAGGUCCUCACACACAACACUCGUCGAGCGUUCGACCCAGAAGCAUGGGCGGGUCCGAACAGUAAAACUUACCACCUAGAAGAUGGCAAGAGACUGAAUGCAUUCUACAUUUACGAUGUUGCAAAUUCACCAAAGGCCCUAAAGACACAGUUUGACGAGAAAGGGAAGAGAUUUAGGACGCCUAAACGGCUUUCGGAAGGCCCAUCCUAUAUUGACCUACGCCCAUUCUUGAUUCAAGAAGAAAGGCAGCUAAAUCAAGAUUCAAGGAAAUUAAACAUGGAAACCAAGAAGAAAGUAAAAAUCAAUGAGGACCAGGUACUGGCUGCCCAGUCCUCUGGAAAAAAAGAAUUGAAGAGAAAGUCCCAUGGUGAUGAUAAUGACUCAAUUGUUGUUCCAAGAGAUAAGAAGAAGAAGAAGACAAAUGUCCCAGAAGUAAUUGAUGUGAAAGCUGUCAAAAAGGGUACAAAAAAGAAGAAAAGUGGAAAGAAAGACAUGAAAGCCAAACUGGAACAAGAAUCUAAGAUGGAUGAAGAGAUUCUGAAGAAGAUGGCAAUCAUGACGCCUGUUCUGGCAGAGGGAGCAAAUUCUGUUACCCCACAGAUUGAAGGUGACAUUAUAAAAGUUGAUGGAGAACCUUCUGAAAAGUUGAAGAAGAAAGACAAAGAAAGUUCUGAGACAGCCUAUGGAAAUAAAAUUGAAGGGAAUAGCUUCAAAGAGUCAACCCAAGAGCGCACUACCGAAAUGUCUUUUUACUCAUGCAACGAUAUCGAGUGCCAGGAAAAUCUCUAA